AGUCUGGAUCCCGCCCACCGUGACUCUUAGGACCCUAGACUCGCCCAGCUCCAGUGUCCCCCCGCUAGCUGCGGUGGGGGAGGGGCCUCGGGAGGGUGCUAUGUGGAGCUGAGAGGCGGGGCGGGGUAGCUGAGAGUGGCCCCCUGGUGGGGCAAUGGAGAAGCAGUAAUCUCUAGGGGUAGCAGGCGGCCUCAACGGGGAAUCCCCUGGAGGGGCAACCGGGGGAGUGCCAGGAGGCAUCAGAGGAGUCGAGGCAGGCGCCGGCUGGCCCUCCGACGGUCUUGUGUCAUGAUUCUGGGUGCCCCUUAUGCCCUGGGGGAAUCUUAAUUAGAAGUCUUGAUUCCAGCCGGCCCUCCGAGGUGGUAGCGGUUCGGUUCCAGGCCCAAUCAGCAUUCUGGGAAGAUUGUGGGCCACAUCCUAGCGUCCGGCACGUGCCCUGGAGGAUUUAAUACCUUUUCCUGAAACCUCUGUAUCCAGGAUGUCCAGCUUUGGGUCCGAGGGGCAUGGCGUGCACAACUCGGGAUGCAGUCUGAGCUCCGGGUCAACUUGCUUGCACCCCCACAAACCCUAUGAGGAUCGGCCCCGUAGCAUCCUAAAAACCAACAGCUCCACCCUGAUGCAUAAAUCCCUCCAUGAAGAAAAGAGAAAGUCUCAGCACUGGGAUGAAAUGAAUAUCAUGGCCACCUACCACCCAGCUGACAAGGACUACGGAUCUAUGAAGGUGGAUGAGCCCAGCACUCCCUACCACAGGCUGCAGGACAGUGAUGAGAACCUGCCUUCCCACACAGUGACUCCUGAGGCACUAGCAGAGAGGUUUGCAACAACAGACAAUUUCUGGCCCAAGGUCCUCCAGGACAGUGAUGACAGAAGCUCAGGGUCUUCAGACAACUUUCUCAAAACACACUCCAGUGAUUUUGAGAAGCACCGCAAGGCACACUACAGUGAAGGAAAUGUCUUCAAGACUAAGAAAAACCUACCCUUUGGUAAUAACAAGAACAGCAGUGAGGGUAGUGAAAGUUUGGGAAGUGGCAGUCAAGGUGUGGUACUGGACCCAGGGUCAAAGUCUGUGGAAAGAGGCUGCUGUGCAGGAGGACUGGCCAGAGGAGUCAAAGAUGAGAUUGGCCAGGUGACCAGGAACCACAUCCUAGAAGCCAAGGAUUCCACUACCUUCAGAAAUCAGUCCCCAGCUUCUGCCAUUAUUACGUUGGGCAAAGAGGUUGAUCUGCAACGAAAGGAGUAUUAUAGCAAAGGUAGAUACCUGAGAUGCUGUCCUCACCCAGAGCUUGAGGAAGACAUGGAAGAUGAGCAGCCGAACAGUUCUGCAAGCCUAAACUGGAUGAGCGAGAAUUCCAUAAGAACUGAGGUCUGUUUGCUGGACCACACGGGAAGCCCACUUCUGGAUCACAGGCCAUCAAGAACUCCCUGACAGUGACAGUGACACCACUGCAGCUUGAUGAAUCCCUGCAGCUUUGAUGGACUCAGGAAGAGGAAGCCAAACAGAAAAUGUAGCCAGCUGGACAUGGGGUGGGGACCAACCUUCCUCUGCCUUCAGCGCCCUAGGGGUAGAAAAUAAAGAGAAGAGCAGGAGUCUGGGUGCUGUGAAUUGGGGGCCCAGGAGGGACAUGCCCGGUCACUGAAGAGAGGGGAGGGAGAAGAGAAGGGAAGCUCACACACAGGAAACCACGAGCAGCCAAAGCAGAGAAGAAAGCUCAGAGUAGUCUGGGUGAUUGGGGUCUGAAAAGGCCCACCUGCAGCAGGGUGAUGAUGAUUGACAUGAUUCAGUCAACCAUAAAUUCACUAAUAUUUUAUUGUAACUCUUACAACCCUGGAGGCAGGGCUUGUCAUCCCCAUCUGGAAGAUGAGGAAACUGAGGAAUAAGAGAGCUUCCCCAGGGUCAUCCAGUCUCUAAGUGACAGAGCCAGGAUUUGAACGCAUAUC